AUUCUGUUCUUCAACGGCUGGCUCUAAUAAAUUCCUACAAUUUAUUUAAAUGUUUUUUAAAACAUGUAAUUUUAUACCGAAAUAAAUACAAAAAAAACAUUCUCAAUCUUCCAAAAUUUUCAAGAAACAAAAAUAAAAUGAGUCACCGACGCACAAAUUCCGAGUCCGCACAAAUUUUCACAAAUCCCUCCAAAAUAAAACCGAAGCCCUACCCUUCUUUUUUCAGCUCCUGUUUCGCCUGCGAGACGUCCGACACGUCAUCGUACCGGUGCCCUCCGCCCUCCACGUGUCUCCCUGAUCCGAAACUCAAAGGCCGUUACCGGCGCCAACGCCACCACUCCGCCGAUUUCCGCUACGAUCCUCUGAGUUACGCUCUCAAUUUCGACGACGGACGGAGCGGCCGGCGGAUUGCGCCGAUACCGCUUACCGCGGAACGACUUUCGGUGUCGGAACUUUUCGGAUCGGCUUCCCUCUUCUCCGCCGUCGAAGUUUGGGGGGUCGUCGAACUAAUUGCCGAGAUUAGGGUUACCCUCUUUUUUAUUCCUUUUUUCUUUUUUUUUUCGUUCUAUGUUUUCUGCUUGUUGUUUCGCUGCAAUAAUUGGAGAAAUUAAGGUUUCGUUCGUUUGCCUGUUUUAGUUGAAUUUUUGCUUAUAUUUGUGGGAAAAUUUCAUUCUUUUUGAUAAAUUCAUGAUAAAGAUGACUUUUUUUCCCGUCGGUGUCAGAUUCCAUGUUUGCUACUUUGCCAAUUCUUUUUCUUUUUUGAGAAAUUCGAUGGAUAUUGAAUAAAAAGAUGAUUUCUUCGUCUUCUGGGAUCCAGCCUGUUAGACUUGUUCGUAAGAAUUUAUCGAAUUUUGUGGAGUCAGCUUUGGAGAAAUGUGUAGAUAUCAGGUCCCUUAGAAAGGCCCAUGCUUGCGUCCUUACCCAUGGCUUUAGUUACAGCAUUGACAUCAAGUCGAAGUUGCUGGGUUGCUAUGCUUAUUUAGGUAGCUUGUCGGAAUCACGAUGGGUAUUCGAUAAAAUGAUCGGUAGGAACCUUUCUCUUUGGAAUUCAGCCAUUGUUGGGUACUUUAGAGCGGGUUACUUUGAGGAAAUUCCUCGGCUAUAUUCAAUGUUAAAGUCAGAAAGGAUCGGUGUUGACAGUUUAGCCGUUACGUUCAGUUUGAAGAGUUGUGUUGAACUGAGAGAUGUGGAAUUCGGAAAAAGAAUUCAUGUAGAUGCUAUUAAGGCUGGUUCCAACGGCAGGAAAUUUGUUGGUUCUUCUCUCAUUGGAUUGUACUCGAGGUGCGGGAAAAUAGAUGAUGCAAGACAAGCAUUUGAUGAAAUAUUGGAUAAAGAUAUCGUUACAUAUACCGCACUCCUUACAGGGUAUGCCCAAAUUCCCGACUCCCGAGCACGGAUGGCCUUUAGAAUUGCUAGCAGGAUGUGGAGGGAAGGAUUUGAUGCUAAUCGAGUAACCUUAGUGAGCUUGCUUCAAGCUUCAGGGCACUCAAAAGCACUGAAAGAAGGCCAAUCAGUACACUGCUAUGCCUUGAGGAGAGGAAUUGGUAUUUCUGAUGAAGUACUGAAUACAAGUUUUGUUGGCAUGUAUUCUAGGUGUGGUGCUUCAACUUCUGCUGUGCGUAUUUUAAGUCAAAUGGGAACAGCAGUUGCUUCUUGGAAUGCUUUGAUUGCUGGGCUCAUUCAUUGUGGUCAGAGCUCCCAGGCUUUGAAGCUUUUCUGCCUUAUGGUGAAAGAAGCAAACUGUUUGCCAGAUUCUAUUACCUUGGCAAACAUUCUCACAGCUUGUUCUGAUCUGGAUUAUGCUUUUCAAGUUGCGAGUGCCCAUGCUUACGUAAUCAGGAGGGGAUUCCCUCUUGAUUUAGUGGUAACUACUGCUCUUGUCGAUUUGUAUUCAAGAUGUGGUAAAAUAAGGAAGGCCAGGAUAAUUUUUGAUGCGCUAAUAACUAGAGACGAAGUUUUAUACAGUGUAAUGAUUUCAGGUUAUGUACAAAAUCGUGACGUUGAUGAGGCCAUUACAAUGUUUAGAAGCAUGGUAAAAGCAGGCGUCAGGCCAAGCUCUGUGGCAAUACUGAGUCUUCUUUCAGCCUUUACUGAUCUCGGAGAUAUAAGGAAGGGCAGGUCAAUUCAUGGAAUUAUUGUGAGAUUGAGUCGUUACGUUGAGAUAGAAGUUUCAAAUCAGAUAAUAAAUAUGUAUGCUAAACUGGGAUACACAGACACAGCAAGGAGAUUUUUCGACUUGCUACCUGAGAAGGAUCUGGUGUCUUGGACUUCUAUGAUGAUGGGUUAUGUAAACUACAACAGAGAUGAUAAGGCUCUAGCACUUUUUCAUCUAAUGAGAAGAGAAGGGGAGGAGCCUGACUCUGUGACUCUUAUCACCUUACUUCAGGCAUUUCACCAGGUGGGAUGCUUAGAAAAAGUUAAAGAAGUCCAUGGUUACAUAUACAGGACUCACUUAGAGAAGGACGUUGUUACCAUUAAUUCUAUAAUCAUGGCUUAUGCCAAAUGUGGAAGGUUAGGUGUUUCUGAGGCUAUGUUCAGUAAUUUGGUAGAACGAGGGCUGACCUCAUGGAACACGAUUAUUGCUGCCUAUGGGAUUCAUGGGCACUAUAGAGAAGUCGUCGAGCUGUUCCAUAGAAUGCCGGAUGAAAAUAUUAUGCCAGAUGAGAUGACAUUCACGUCUGUUCUCUCUGCUUGUAGCCAUGCUGGGCUUGUUGAAGAGGGUUGGGAGAUUUUCAACUCCAUGAAUUCCAAUUAUUUCUCCAUUGUUCCCAAGGAAGAGCACUACAAUUGCAUGGUUGAUCUGUUGGCUCGAGCAGGUCGGCUUGAGGAAGCUUGUGACUUUCUCAAGUGCUCACCGUUCAGCGACAAGACAAACGCACUACGUGCUUUGCUUGCAGCUUGUAGAGUUCAUGGAAACACAAAACUGGGGGAGAUAAUUGGGAGGCAGCUCCUUGAUUUAGAUCCCCAAAAUUCAAGUGUUUAUGCCCUGGUUUCCAAUGUAUUUUCUGAAGCUGGGAAGUGGAAUGAGGCUGCAAGUUUAAGGAGUGUAGCUAGAGAGAGAGGGUUGAGAAAAUUGCCAGGUUUGAGCUUAAUAAAAUCAGAUGAGCAUAUAUGUGGGGUAUGACUCCUUUACACUGUUAAGAGUUUUGUUUAUUUUGUUAACUGUUGUUUUAUUUUAGAGGGGGUCAUGGUGCCGACUUUUGUCCAAAUCUAUAUCAUUCAUUUGAAAUGCGUAAUCAUAAGAAAGUUUUGAGUGCUCAA